CUUCAGACAGCUGCAGCCAAUCAACAGCUUCUGCUCAUUGUGUACAAACAGAACAUCGUGCGCCCCGCAGCCUUUAAGUAGCCCUGCAGCCGCGUGUCGACCAGAGCAGGCCGGAGGGAGACGGCGACGGCGACGGCUUCCCUUUCAACCAGGACCAAGACUUUUUACCGACCUAACUCAACCACAGCCAUUGGACGGGGAUGGACUCCGCCAGGCGCAGGGAGCCGGUUUGCAGGCGUCUGUUUGGCCCCGUGGACCACGACCAACUGCGCCGGGACCUGAAGCUGAAGCUGAACGAGAUCGCCGAGCAGGACAGCCGCCGCUGGAACUUUCACUUCCAGGCGGAGACGCCGCUCCCGGGCAGGUUCGAGUGGGAGGAAAUCCCCGCAGGCUGCGCUGCGGCUUUCUACCGGGGGUCCGCGCGGCCGCAGGACGCCGUCUGCGCCCCGGACGCCGAGGGGCACGGCGGGCUGAGCGGCCGCGACGGCAGCGAGGGGACCGACCAGGAGAACUGCUCCCGCGUCUCCAACACGCACAAGCGUCCCGCUGAAGUGACGCCCGUCCGGAGGAAGAAGACUCUCUCCAAACCGGCAGCCAAGCCCAGAAACAACGCGCGGAUUACAGACUUUUUCCCAAAGAGGAGGAGGACGACAGAAACCAAGAGCAUCCUGAAUCCUUUACACACAAGUUCCAGUGAAGCAGCUCUGUGCAAAACAAUAAGAUGAACAUGCUGCUGAAAGUGGAAUUGUACUUUAUAUUCCUACAUACACUUUGAUGGACUGGACCGAGGCCUAUUCACUGCACCAAAGGGAUUUUAUUUUAAUUUUAUUUUUUGUUUAGUUUAGGUAUUUGUGCCUGGGAUGAAAUCUUUGCAAUUUUGUGUUAUUUAUUUUAUUUAUGGACACUUGUUUUUUUAUUUAAUGUCUUUCCAUUUUCUUUGCCGGUGAUGUCACGAACAUGUUUGUUAACUUAUCAAGAUGUUUUUGUUUUUUCUCAUCAUUUUCAUCAGCAUCACUGUUUUAGGUUUCGAGAAACGAUUUAAACGACUGGAUGAAUUUUUGUUCCUGUAUAUUUCAUUUCAUCUUAAUGUGAUGUACUGAGCUGCUUCUGUCAACUGUAUAAAAAAAGCACUAUUUUUUUUUUUUUUCCCCUAAAUUAACUGAGAUGCAGAUCAGGAACCUUGUAAAUGCCUACAAACAUUGCAUUUUCAAUAAACUGUCUCAUCAGCGAUACUA